GGGUAAAUUUCAGAAACCUCCCCGGAGGUUUGAGGAAAUACCAAACACGUCCAACAGUUGUUGAAAAUGACCGAUUUGCUCCUAAAAAGCAAAUGGCGUGUAACGCCGUUUAAGCACCAUAUAUCAAACUAUGUUCUGUAAUUCUCUCUUCUUCACGAAUCACGCAGAAAAUCUCUCUCUCUUUUUCUUCACGUCAAAAAAUAUCUCUCUCUCAAGCUCAAGUCUGAAAUUUCAGACUCGGGACCACCAACUCCUCCACCGCAAUGGUUUCAAAGCCGGUUUAACCACAAAUCUCACACUAUAAUCCGCCGUUAAAAGCUUUGUGGUUGGGUUGCGAAUCAUGAUGAAUUGUAGAUGGCGAUUGCUGGGUCACGAUGAGUGGAGAUGGCGGUUGCAAGGUCAGUUCGGUGGAGCUGCCGUUGUGGGUAUGGGUAUUUUUUUUUUUAAUUUUUUGAUUUGGGUUUUGUUUGGGUCUGAGGUGUGAUGUUUGAUAGUUGGAACGGUUUGGGUUUGAGGAAGAUGUGUGGGUAGUGAUGGGUGGUGCCGUGGUGGACAGUGGUUGUUGGGUCACACGAUGCUCGACGGUGGGGUUUUUUUUUUUAAAUAAUUUGUGGUUUGUUUGGGUUUGAGGUGUGAAUAAUGUGAUGUUUGAUGGUGGGAGUGGUUUGGGUUUGAAAUCGAUGGGUGGGUAGUGAUGGGUGGUGCCGUGGUGCGGGCGGUUGUUGGGUCACACGAUGCUCACCAAUGGGUCCGGUUUUUGUUUUGAAUUUUAUUUUAUUUUUUUGGAUCUGUUUGAGGUGUGAUGUAAACGGAUCUAUUUGAGUUGAGAUGUUGGAUGGUUGAUUGGUUGAGCCGAUCUAUGUUUGAUUGCCUUGUGUGAUACUGGAUCUAAUUGGGUUGAUCUUGGUUUGAUGGAGGAAGGAUUUUUGUUUUUAGAAUGUAAUGUAAAUUUUUAUUUUUCCAAAUGAGAAUGUAUGGCUUUGAUUUGAAAAUGUAUGGUUUUGAUUUGAAAAAUGGGUACUGGCUUAGUGAUUUUUUUCUGUAAUCUUUCUCAAAAUACAUGUGGUUUGAGCUUUCAGAGAGAAGCGUUUAUGUUAUGGCGCGAAGAAGAAAGUGAACAGAGAACAUGGAAAAAAAAUCGUUUGGAGAGAGUAACGGCAGUACACACCGUCUGCUUUUUUAGGAGUAAAUUGGUCAUUUUCACCAACUGUUGGACGUGUUUGGUAUUUCUUCAAACCUCAGGAGAGGUUUCUGGAAUUUACCCAAUUAAUUUUUAUCAUUGGUAAAUUGAAGAGAAGAUUCAGUGUGAACCAACCAUGUACCGCGUGGACUUCAUUGACCAGAUUUGGCCCCAAGUUUUUGAGUUAGGAUUAAGUGGAUGCCGUGCUUUGCUCAUUGAAACAUUUGUAUGUGGGACAUCCCACCAGUCCACAAGUCGUCCCUAUAUACUUUCCCAGUAAGUUACACAACCAAUCAGGAAUAUGGGUGCAUAAUGAGUCCAUUGACGAUGUGGAAAAGCAAUAUAUAGGAGAAUAGAAGAAGAACAAGGCACACCAGCUGCUAUUAAUUUCAGUUUCUACUUUGUGAACAACCUUUUCUUCCUAUCUCCACCUUCCAUUUCUUGUAUUGUGAAUCGCAAUUUCACUCUCGAUCGGAGUAUGGCUGAAUUUCUUAUUUCUGUUCUCUUGGAGCAGUUUGCUUCAAUCACUACUCGAGAGGCGAAACAAGAGUUAAGGUUGGUUGUUGGCGUUGAUGAAGAAGUCCGAAAGCUUGAAGGCAAUCUACGAACUGUGAAUGCGGUGCUCGAUGAUGCUGAGAAGAGACAAAUGAAGGAGCAUGCUGUGAAGCUUUGGUUAGAAAAGCUCAAGGACGUAUCCUAUGAGAUGGACAACGUGCUGGAUGAGUGGAACACUGCAAUGAUCAAAUCAGAAAUUGAAAAAGAAGAAGAAGAAACUGCUGCUGAAAAUGAUCCUAUUGUGAAGAAAAAGAAGAAGAAGGUAUGCCCCUUCAUCCCCUCUCCUACUUGUUGUUAUCAAGUUCAUAAACUUGUUUUGCGUCACGACAUUGCUCACAAGAUAAAAGAACUGAAUAGAAAAUUAGAUGAGGUUGUAAGAGAGAGAGUGUUGUAUGUGUUUGAGUUGACUAGAGGCCCUACCCUUGAAGUAGUUGAGCAUCCAAAAACUACUGCCUUUGUUGAUAUAUCUGAAAUAUGUGGCCGUGAUGAGGUUAGGGGUCAUCUAGUGAGCAUUCUAUUGGGCAAGGGUAAUGAAGAAGAAAGAAGCCCUUAUGUAAUCUCUUUAGUGGGCAUGGGUGGAAUUGGAAAAACCACUCUUGCCCAAUUAGCCUAUAAUGAUCCUGAGGUGCAAGACCACUUUGAGAAAAACAUAAUGUGGGUUUGUGUUUCUAAACCUUUUGAUCAGUGUAAGGUUGCCAAAGCAAUCAUUGAAACCUUAGGAGGUGGUGACCCAAACAUUAUUGAAUUGCAAAGUCUACUAAAAAAGAUUUGUGAAUUAAUCAUGGGAAAGAAGUUCUUUCUUGUCCUGGAUAAUGUGUGGACUGAAGACUCUACAUUAUGGGAGCCAUUUAAACUUUCACUCAAAUAUGGUGCCCAGGGAAGUAGAAUUCUAGUAACCACACGAAAAAACGUAGUUGCAAAGAUGAUGGGUAGUGCAUGCACGAUCAAUUUGGAGGUAUUGUCUGACGAAGAUUGUUGGUUGGUAUUUAGUAAAAUAGCAUUUUCUGAUAAGAAUUCUAAGGAAUGUAAGCAAUUAGAAGACCUUGGCAUGCAAAUAUCAAAGAAGUGUAAAGGCUUGCCACUCGCUGCAAAAACUCUCGGGAGUCUAAUGCGCUUCAAGAGAGGCAGAGAACAAUGGGAGAUGGUUUUAUGGAGUAGUUUGUGGGAAUUAGAAGACGUUGAGAGGGGUCUUUUCGCACCAUUAUUAUUGAGUUAUUAUGAUUUGCCUUCUCCAUUGAGACGAUGUUUGUCAUAUUGUGCUUUCUUUCCAAAAGAUUAUUUCUUUUCUAGUGAUGAGUUGGUCUUUAUGUGGAUGGCACAAGGAUAUAUCAAUUCAAAAGAAGAUAUGGAGAUGGAAAUCAAAGCAAGAGAAUACUUUGAAUCUUUGGCCAUGCUCUCUUUCUUUCAAGAUUUUGUGAAAGACUAUGGUGGCAAGAUAAUAAGGUGUAAAAUGCAUGACAUAGUGCAUGAUUUUGCACAGUUAAUGACAAAAAAUGAAUGCUUCACAAUCAAUAGUGACAAAGAGUUGGGAUUAGAUUGUAAAAAUGCUCACCAUUUGCGUUUAGAAAUUACAAGAGAGGACCAAAAUCUUGUGUCCAUUUAUAGUGCGAAAAAUUUGCGCACCCUCAAUUUUGUAUAUCGAAGUGAUUAUAACCUAUCUAAUUUAUUCCAACAUUUUAGAAGGUUACGAAUGUUAACUUUGGAUUGUCUAGAUGGUAAGUCAAAGGAACUUCCAGAUACCGUGCAAAAUUUCAUACAUUUGAGGUACCUCAAUUUAGGUAAUUACAAUGGAGACAAAUUACCUGAAACCAUCUGCAAUCUAUGCAAUUUACAAAUGUUGAAGGUCAAUAUUCGGAGUGAUGGGUUCAAGAAAAUGCCGCAGGGGAUGGGUAAACUAAUUAAUUUAAGACAUCUUAUUUUGGGUGUAUCUUCUUUAAAUAGACAGUUAGAGUUUCCAAGAGGAAUUGGAAGAUUGAUUUCUCUUAGAACAUUAAGAUAUUUCUUUGUAAGUGGUAAGGAUGACAACAAAGGAUGUAAACUUGAAGAAUUAAAAAAUUUGAACUACCUUCAAGGAACUCUUGAAAUAAGAGGGUUGGGGAAUGUUGCAAAUGUAACUGAGGCUGAGAAUGCACAACUUAAGAAGAAGAAACACCUUCGUGAUUUGAAUCUACAUUUUGGCGGAGAGAAUGAUGCAUUAGUUCUAAAUGCCUUAGAGCCACCUCGAGACUUGGUAAAUUUAUCCAUUAAUGAUUAUCAAGGCACCAAGAUGUCUCCUAAUUGGACGAUGCCCCUGAUCAAUUUGAAAAGGCUUACUCUCACAUGCUUCACACAGUUAGAUUGUUUGCCUCCUUUGGGGAAGCUUCCGUCUCUCAAAUCAUUAAAAAUAACUUGCUUUAUAAGCUUGAAAAAGGUGGGUAUUGAGUUUUUGGGAAUAGAAAAUGAAAUCAAGAAAUGUGAUAAAAUAAAAAUAUUCCCGAAUUUGAAAUCUCUCUCGUUUCAUUAUUUGAACGAGUGGGAAGAUUGGAUUGGGAUUGGAGAAAUGAGGGGAGGUGGAGGACAAGAAGAAGAGGAGAAACGUUGCAUUACUAUAAUGCCACACCUUAAACAGUUGACAAUUCUCUAUAGCCCAAAGUUAAAGUCACUGCCGGACUUCCUUCGAACGGCUCCAUUACAGAUACUGGAGGUUCGUCACAGUUCAAUUUUGAGUGAACGUUGCCAAAAAGGAUCAGGAGAAGAUUGGGCCAAGAUUUCCCACAUUCCAAACAUCCAGAUUGAUGGGAAGUAUGUGCAAAGAGAUGGUCGAGAAGUUAACUCAGAGUCAGAGUCUUCUAGUUCCACAAUGAAUUUACCUGGUUGAAACGUAUUGGUCUCUUCUCUUCACAUUCGUCGUUGGUGUCAGUUUGUUCAAUUUUUUUAAAUAGGUACAGAAGCCCAAAAGUUGUGAUGGAAUGGUUGGCUUGCAACUUGUGUGGUAACAAUGCUCACUACUCUUUUAUCUGGGACUGCAGGCAACUCAUGGGGAAGAUACCAGAAAUGAAGAUUAGGCACUGCAUCUGUGCGGCGAACCAGUGCGCAUACAAACUAGCAAAAAAGGGAGCUUUCCAAAGUCAGGAUUUUGUGAUUUAUGUGGAUCCACCUUCAGACAUUAAUAUGCUUAUGUAUUUUGAUUCGAUAGGGUUGUAAUAUGAGAGGCUAUGCCUUAACUCUA